CCGGAGGCACACGCCAGCAGCACGUUCCUUUCACGUGUGGCCCGGCCCCGUGCCCCAGGAACCACGCACCAGGACACAUCGCCGCCUAGCCCCACACCACCCACUCCCUCCUUUAAAGGGACGCCUGUGACGGGUGCGGAGGCUAGAACGGGACGAGCGCGAAGGCACCGGGCGGCAGAGGAAAGGAGCCCCACGCACCGCAGGCAGCAGAAGAGUCAUGGAUUACUAUGCAAAAUAUGCAGCCGUUACUUUUGCCGUGUUGUCCAUAUCUCUGAAUAUUCUCCAUUCUUUGCCAGAUGAAGACUUUAUGGCACAGGGUUGCCCUGAAUGUAGACUAAGCCUGAAUAUACGUAUGACAAGCCUGUUUAAAGGACGACCGGUUUACCAGUGUGUAGGAUGUUGUUUCUCAAGGGCUUAUCCCACUCCGAUGAGGUCAAAGAAGACAAUGCCCGUUCCGAAGAACAUUACCUCGGAAGCAACGUGCUGUGUUGCAAGAUCUUUCAGAGAGGCUACUAUUCCAUCUCAUGAAAACACAAAAAUAGAGAAUCACACGGAUUGCCACUGCAGUACCUGCUACUAUCAUAAAUCUUGAGGCCUCAAUGACGGGACAACAGAAGGAACCGAAAGAAGUUUUAUUUUGUCUGAUUUUGUAGCAACACUGUGUAAAAUCUUGACUUUUCUGAGAAAAAUACUCUGCUCUUUUAUGUCUUCUUUACUUCACCCAUAGAGAUAAUCAGUUAAAUAUGAUUUAACAUUUCUUCUAAGAACAAAAUAUAGCAGUAUGCAUAA